AGAAUGUUUGACAAAGUGAACCUAAUUAUUCACCAUGGCGGGAACUUUGUUAGUGUGCCUGAAACUAUGUACGUAGGGGGAGAAGUGGAGUGUAUCCCAAUAGAUCCGGACUUGAUUUCUUAUCCUCAUUUAAUGAAAGCCUUAAAGUCUGGGAGGUAUGGAAAUAUUAAAGGACUGUUUUUUAAAAAACCUACUGAUGCUAUGGGUGACCUGCUUGCCCUGUUCAAUGAUGCAUCCACACUUCAGCUCAUACAUAUGGCUAGUACUUGUGGCCAGUGUGAGAUAUAUGUAGAGCAUGGUUUGGAUGAGUGUGAACUGAUUCUCCCUUUACCUGGACCAAAUAAUGAAGGGGUUAUUGAAGAAUUUGAAGUACAAGUUCAAGGUCUGACACCAGAAGAAGAAAUGCAGACCAAUGUUAGACAAAGUGAGGCACAAAUGCAUAGUGGUAAGGUUUAUGAAUUGCAUCCUGAGGCUGAUGAUUCAUCAUCAGAGGAAGAAAGGCAUGACAGUAUGGAAGAAAUCUGUGAAGAUGGGCAUGGCAAUGGGAAUCUUGAAAGGGAUAAAGCCAUUCAAGAAGAUGAAGCAGAGUUUGAAGAACAUGAUUCUGAUUUGGCAGACCUUACAGGUACAAAUGAUAAUAAUGACACUCAUGAGGAAGCCACAGAAGUGGAUGAGAGGGACAAUGAUGUGCAUGUUGGGUCUGAGUCAAGGGAUAAACCCACUCCAGAAGCUGAAACAGAGUUUGAAGAACAUGAUCCUGAUUUGGAAGACCUUACAGGUAGAAAUGAUAAAAAUGACACUGAUGAGGAUGCAGACAGUGUUGAAUAUGAUUCUUCUAACCCAGGAAGCUACACAUCUGACAAAGAAAUAGAUGAUAAGCAGUCUAAACCUCCACACAUCAACCAUGUUUCCUAUAAUCCGGAGUCUGAACCUCCCCUGAUUGAGGUGGCAAUGCUUUUUGAAGAUGCAAGGCAAUUUAAGAAUGCCAUGGUUAGGUAUGCUGUGUUUCAUAAAAGAGAUAUUCGCUAUGUGAAAAAUACAGAUACAAGAGUUAGGAUAAAAUGUGCCCCACCAUGCCCUUAUAAUAUUACUGCUAGUUGGGAACCUUGGCUGAAGUGCUUCCAAGUUAAGGUUCUUGAAUCCGAACAUUUAUGCAAUUUGAGGUUCAAGUUAAGAAUAGUUAGUGAGAAAUGGAUAGCAGAGACAUAUGAAGAGAAGGUACUUGAGAACCCAAGCAUGGGUGCAGUAGAGUUGAAGGAACUUAUCAAGAGUGAGCUGAAAAUUAAUGUAUCUGCUAGUAUGGCCACAAGAGCUUUGAGGGAUAUACAGAAGAAAACAGAAAGAGAUUUUAAACAUCAGUUUAUGAAACUAAGGAAUUAUGCAGAGGAAUGUUUGAGGUCCAUUCCAGAUUCAACUGUGGUGAUUCACACAACCAAAGUUGUCCCAGAAUCUCCCUCAAUUUUUCAACGCAUUUACAUGUGUUUUGGGCCAGUCAAACGAGGUUUUCUAGAAGGUUGUAGGAAGGUAAUAGGGUUGGACGGUUGCUUCUUGAAAGGACAACUGAAGGGUGAGAUAUUAACUGCAGUUGGGAGGGAUGCGAACAACCAGAUGUUCCCCAUAGCUUGGGCUGUGGUUGAGAUUGAGAACAACUCCUCAUGGACAUGGUUCUUAGAGCUAUUGAAGAGUGACUUGCAGAUUACUAGGCCAGACUUAUGGACUCUAAUUAGUGAUCAACAAAAGGGUCUAUGUAAUGUGAUCGCCAAUAUCUUCCCUGAGGCUGAGCAUAGGAACUGUGCUAGGCACAUACAUGCGAAUUGGAGCAAAUCACAUAGGGGGAUGGUGUUUCGCAAAUUGUUUUGGAAAUGUGCAAAGUCCACAUGUGAACCACAAUUGAUAGAUGCACUAGCAGAAGUAGACAAGGCUGAUAUUCAAGCUGGUACGGAUUUGAGGAAAUAUUCAUUGAAGUUAUGGUGCAAGGCAUAUUUCAGAACCGAAGUGAAGUGUGAUACAGUAGAUAACAACUUGUCUGAAGCUUUCAAUAGCAGCCUACUCAAAUGCAGAAGCAAGCCAUUGAUUCCCAUGCUUGAAGACAUCAGAGUUGGAAUGAUGAAAAGAAUAGCAAAAAAAAGGAAAUAUGUGGAAAGGUGGCCUGGAAAUUUUGGACCAAUCAUUAUGAAGAAGCUAAAUAAAAAUGUGUUAGCAAGCCAAGCUUGGCAUGUGGACUUCAAUGGUGAUGAUGGCUACGAGAUUAAGAAAGGAAGACAUCAAUUCAAGGUCAGCCUUAAUAGAAGAACCUGCUCUUGUAGAAAAUGGGACCUCAGUGGUAUCCCGUGUGCCCAUUCUAUCUGUGCAAUCCUGGAUAAGGGAGACCAACCGGAAGACUAUGUGGACAGAUGGUACUCAAAAGAGCUAUACCAAAAGACCUACUCUUAUACCUUGCAACCAAUAAAUGGAGAACUGUUGUGGCCUAGAACAGAACAUGAAGAAAUGUUACCUCCUUUACCAAGAAAGAUGUGUGGAAGGCCUAAAAAGAAGAGGGUAAGAGAGGAAACUGAACAAGCAACGUCAAAUACAAAACUGAGUAGAAAAGGUAGGAUUAUGACAUGCUCCAUAUGUCAUAAAGAAGGACACAACAAAUCUUCAUGUCCAAAUAAGAAGACACCUACUGAAGAAAGAGGGUCAGGGACAGGACCUAGUCUUGAUGCAGGUGGAUCUGGUCAUGUGAAUGAUGAUUAUGGAGAUGUUGGGAAUGGAAGAGGUGGAACGGGAAGAGGGGGGAGAGGUAAAGGAAGAGGAAGAACACCACAAUCUUUUGGCAAUGGAAGAGGGA